AUGCUAUCUUUUAAAAACAUUUAUAAAAUGUGUAUUUAAAAUAGAACUUUUAAAUAACUUGUUUAAUUAAAUACAAAAUGUCGACCCAGAUAGAAAAAGAAUUUGCUGAUUUUAAGAUACCACCGAUUUUCGAUGAUUUAAAUGAUCACGUUAAAGAAUAUUUGUUAAAACCUGAAAGACUAUCAAUACAUAAAUGGGAAAGAUCACAAACUCAUUGGCACAGGGAAACUGACAUAGAUUCUUUAAUUAAGUUUGAAGAAGAAGAUAUUGCUCUAGACACAACUCUAGACAUUAUCAGAGACCCAAUAACUGGAGAGAUAGUUGGUCUAGAAGAAGUAAGUAUACCAGUUGAGGAUGACGAUGAUUGUUUAUCUAUGGCUCGGGCACCUCUGCCACCCAGCCUUGCUACUAGGGGCACCACAACACAAAACCCUUUCUUACCGGCUGGCUUUGAGGAAGAACUCCAAAAAAUGUUGGAUGAAGCAGCCAAGAGUGGUGAAAUCAAUAUUAACUUGGAAGAUGAUGAACCUGGAAAGUUCUUAGGAGAAGAUUUACUCACUACACCUCCGGGAAGUAGUGAAAGUGUUCUUUUUGAAAGUGAUGGUUCUACAUUAUUGAAAAGUGGCAGCACUAGUGAACAAAAGUUAUUGGACAAAGAAGAGAUCAAUAAACUUGUCAAAAUCAAUCUUGAAGAAGUUGUUGAUAAUAAUGUGCAUUUAGUAGAUCUCUGGAAGGAUGACGAUGGAACAGAAACAAAACCUAAAAUAGUACAAAAGCCGAAGAAAGUGGAUUUAGAUAUUGACACAAGUGAGAGUGAUAACUUCUUAGAGAGUACUAUAAUAAAACCUCCGGUAGAACUGCCGGAGAUUCCAGUACUGAAUAUCACAAGUUCUAAAGGCAGGAUGGCGGUAACAUCCACUGAUUGGGCAGAAAUGAUAGAUGUUACACUCCCUGUGCCUGAUUUUAGAGAGAAAAUAAGAGAUAUGGCACACUCAUAUCCAUUUGAAUUGGAUAAUUUCCAGAAACAGGCUAUACUAAAGCUGGAGGAAGGUCACCACGUGUUCGUGGCCGCGCACACCUCCGCGGGCAAGACUGUCGUAGCAGAGUACGCUAUUGCUAUGUCCAGGAGGAACUGUACGAGGGCAAUUUACACAUCACCAAUCAAGGCGUUGUCGAACCAGAAGUACAACGACUUCAACAAGAUGUUCGGCGAGGUGGGGCUGCUGACGGGCGACCUGCAGCUGAACGCGACGGCCUCCUGCCUCGUCAUGACCACGGAGAUCCUGCGCUCCAUGCUCUACUGCGGCUCUGACGUCACCAGAGAUUUGGAGUUCGUUAUAUUCGAUGAAGUACAUUAUAUUAAUAAUGCUGAGCGUGGUUAUGUAUGGGAAGAAGUGCUCAUUUUGUUACCAGCGCACGUGAGCAUUGUGAUGUUAAGUGCAACUGUACCGAAUACUCUGCAGUUCGCCGACUGGGUGGGACGCACUAAGAAGCGAAAAGUGUUUGUUGUGUCGACACCGAAGCGGCCAGUACCACUUUGUCAUUAUUUGUAUACAGGUACCGGUGGUAAAUCUAAACACGAACGAUUCAUGAUAGUGGAUCAAGAAAGUAACUUCCUGUUAAGAGGAUAUAAUGAAGCUGUUGCAGCGAAAAAAUCCAGAGAGAAUGAAUAUAAGAAAAGUUUCGGACCAAAAGGUACAAAGCAAUAUAUGAACCCCAAAGCCGAGCAGACGAUGUGGGUGGCCUUCAUAGACCACUUGCGGCAGUCGGACAAGCUGCCUGUCGUCGCUUUCACACUCUCUAGGAACAGGUGCGAUCAGAACGCAGAGAACUUAAUGUCGGUGGACCUGACGACGGCCAAAGAGAAGGGCCAUAUUAGAAACUUCUUCCAAAAAUGUCUGCAGAGACUAAAAAAGCCAGACAGAGUGUUGCCACAGGUUAUAAGAAUGCAGAGAGUAUUAGAAAACGGCAUUGGCGUUCAUCACAGCGGUAUCCUGCCUUUGUUAAAGGAAAUCGUCGAAAUGUUAUUCCAAUCGGGCUUCGUGAAAAUCCUGUUCGCGACGGAGACGUUCGCGAUGGGUGUGAACAUGCCGGCGCGCACGGUGGUGUUCGACGACAUCAGCAAGUUCGACGGCGUGCAGAGCCGCCACCUCGCGCCCGCAGAGUACGUGCAGAUGGCGGGCCGCGCCGGCCGCAGAGGCUUGGAUGAUACAGGAACUGUUAUAAUUCUCUGCAAAGAAGAAGUGCCUAAUCAAAUUAAAUUGAAGGAAAUGAUGUUGGGCACACCUGAAAAACUUUCAUCACAAUUCCGUCUUACUUACGCUAUGAUACUCAGUCUAUUAAGAGCCGCAACCGUAUCCGUCGAAGGUAUGAUGCAGCGUUCGUUCAGGGAAUUCUAUCAAAUAUGUCAAGCUGAUAAUCAUAGAAAGCAACUAGAAUUAGCUGAAAAAGAAUACAGUGAGAAAUGCAGUACACCAUUGCCCGCGCACCUCGCGCCAUUAGCUACAUUUUAUGACACCGCAGUGGCAUACAUCGACGUACUUAAUGACAUCAUGCCAAUACUUCUCGGACAGCCUAAAGUCGCUAAAGAAUUAGUUCCCGGGAAGAUACUUAUAAUAUCCGCAGGACCUUACAUCAAUCAACUUGGGAUUUAUUUAAAUAGUACAGGUCCCAGACAAACUCCUUAUAAAGUGUUGGUUUUAAACACGAUUGAGCAAGAUCCUAAUAAAUACAACUUUGAUUUGGACGAAAAUUGGUACAGAAUGCUGAGCUUCACUGCUAUGUACGACAAUAUAGGUACUGAAGAAGGCACAGUGAACCAUGCCAUACUUUGUAUCGGGCCCAAGAACAUAAUCGCAGUCACUAAAAUGACAUUAAAGGUAGACGCCAGCCUUAUUAUACAAGACUGGGACAAGAGACAGAUUCCAAGGUUCAAGGAGGCGGCGGUGGGCAGCAGCUGCCUGGCGGCGGUGCAGGAGCUGUCGCGCGUGUCGCACGCCGUGCGCAGCGGCGCCAGCGCGCUCGCCACGCUCGCCCUCACGCAGGCGCUCGCCCUCUCCUCCGGGGAACUGCUCCACACCUUGGACAAUAUGAACAAAUACAAGAACAUGUUAGAAUCUCAGAAGAAAUCAACCGACAUCGCGAACUUUAAAACGGAAUUCGCGAUAGUUUACGAACGUAAGCAAGCUGAAAGGAAACGCGAUAAAUACAAAUUACUCUUGUCGUUUGAAAACUUAGCUUUGUAUCCGGAUUAUCAACGUCGUCUGCUUGUGUUGAGAGAACUGAAUUACAUCGACGAACACGACAGUGUCAUAUUGAAAGGUCGUGUGGCAUGUGGCAUGGGGACUAAUGAACUCAUUAUAUCUGAGCUGGUCUUCCGCAAUGUAUUCACUGACAAGAACCCAGCGGAGAUAGCGGCCUUGUUGAGUUGUUUUGUGUUCCAAGCUAAGACAAAUGUCAGCCAACCAUUGACUGAUAAAUUGAAAGAAGGUGUGGAAGCUAUCAAGGCGAUUGAUGAAGAUUUAACAAUGAUCGAAUCUAAAUAUCUGGUCAGUCAAUUUGAAGGGCAAGGAGAAAGGUUAAACUUUGGUUUAAUAAGAGUUGUGUAUGAAUGGGCUCUUGAGAAACCUUUUGCGGAGAUCAUGGACCUAACAGAUGUGCAGGAGGGCAUCAUAGUGCGGUGCAUUCAACAACUACAUGAGUUAUUGAUUGACGUAAAAGACGCCGCCGUUGCAAUAGGAGACCCGAAGCUUCAAGCCAAGAUGUUGGAAGCGUCUACCGCCAUUAAAAGAGAUAUCGUCUUCGCGGCCAGUUUGUACACAACAGCGAGAGAAACUGUUAUAUCAUAAAAAGCUUUUUUAUAUAUUUUAUGAAUAUUUUAUACCGAAAUAAUUUUUGGAAACUAUAACAAUCUUUUUAACAUGAAACUUAAAAGUAACAAUUACAUACAAACAAGUUAUUUGCCCCUGUGUGAAAAUGUCAAAUAUAUUCAUAGCACACUAGCGCCUUUAUGCAGGUUUUACAUAUUUUUUUACAGAACAAACCAAUACCAACGCCUUUCAACGGGCUAGAUAUCCUUGUUUGCCUGUACUUACUGUGGUCCAAGAAUUAAAUGUUUUUAUCAUAAUUAAUCAGUAUGCGUCUACUAGAAGGAGAGCGGUCUCCGCCAUCAAUGAAUGUGUGUUAUUUGUCUACGUCUAUGAAUUAGAUUUAUCAGCUUAUGAAUGUAAUCUUAAAAUUUUAUUACGCUUUUUUAAAUGUAUUAUGAAUAAAUAAAGAAAGAAAUAAAUAAGACAAGAA